GCACGUUGGGUACGGGUGUAUGCAGGGCGUCUGGAAGCUCGGUCACCAGAUCAGUGAGGAAGAGGAGGAGGAGGAGGAGGAGGGAGGCAAGGGGGCGUUCGACUCGGCUCGGGUCCGCAGAAGGGCAGCUGCACUUCCCAUCAAAGCUUUAGCUGCCGGAAGUUCAUGAAGGAUGAAUUCAUUUCAGCCCUCUUUUUGGAACACCACCUCCAUCCCUUUGAACCUCUCCCAGAUCAGAGAGUUCUCUUACCAAAGCAUCAGUACAGCAGAGACCAUCAUCCUUCCUUCCUUGAUUGGAAUUCUCUGUUCCACAGGCCUAGUAGGCAAUAUUCUCAUUGUGUUCACUAUAAUAAGAUCCAGGAAAAAAACUAUCCCAGACAUAUAUAUCUGUAACCUGGCUGUGGCUGAUUUGGUCCAUAUUAUUGGAAUGCCUUUUCUUAUUCAUCAAUGGGCCCGAGGAGGAGAAUGGGUAUUUGGGAGUCCUCUCUGCACCAUCAUUACCUCGCUGGACACCUGCAAUCAGUUUGCAUGCAGUGCUAUCAUGACUGUAAUGAGCUUGGACAGGUACUUGGCUCUCGUCCAACCAUUUAGGCUUACCAGUCUGAGAACAAGGUCGAAGACCAUCCGCAUCAAUUUGUGCCUUUGGGUGGCUUCAUUUGCUCUGAUGUUGCCUGUCUGGAUAUACUCGAAAGUCAUCAAAUUCAAAGAUGGUUUUGAAAGUUGUGCUUUUGAUUUAGCAUCCCCUGAUGAUGUGCUUUGGUACACACUUUAUUUGACUAUAACAACAUUCUUUUUCCCUUUGCCCUUGAUUUUGGUGUGCUAUAUUUUAAUUUUAUGUUAUACCUGGGAGAUGUACCAACAAAACAAGAAAGCAGGAUGCUAUAACCCCAGCAUUCCCAGGCAAAGGGUCCUAAAGUUGACAAGAAUGGUCUUGGUGCUGGUGGGAGUGUUUGUGCUUAGUGCUACACCCUACCACGUGAUCCAGCUGGUAAACCUGCAGAUGGCCCAACCAACGGUGACUUUCUAUGUGAGCUAUUACCUCUCCAUCUGCCUUAGCUAUGCUAGCAGUGGGAUCAACCCUUUUCUCUACAUCCUCCUGAGUGGCAAUUUCCGGAAACGUCUUAUUUGCUGUGUCUCCAUCCAAAGGAAGACAACUGAGAGGGAAAUAAACAAUAUUGAAAACACACUGAAAUCAAGCUUUUAGUGAGUGUCCCUGACUUAACUGAGGGUAUGCAAAAGCAGAUUGGUUUGGAUAAGACCCAUUACUAGAGGUAUUUAGAAUGGAUCCAAUAGUAUGCAGUGGCAACCUUUAUUCUUGUAAAGUGUGAUAGUUCAUUAAUGAAACACUACAAAUAUGUUUUCAACAUUUUCAUUGUGGCUAAGGCUUUAUUCCCUGUCUAGAGGAAGAAGUUGCAUUAAGAAGUCUAGCAUUCCCAGGGUUUUUUAUGGAAACCUGGAGCACCACUCUACCACACUGCCAACUAGCUCAGCCACCUGGCCACAUAGCCUUCCACACUAUGGCCACCCCACAGCACUACCCUCAAGAUCUUGGCCACUGGACUGCCUUUCAACAAGGUUCUAUUGGUACUUAAGUACUUGAGACAUUUUUUAGAAGUGCUCCUUUCCUCACUGUAACACCUACUGUACAGUGAGGUCCCCAGGGUGCUAUGGCUUCUUCUCCUCUUUUUUUUUUAAACAUUGGGGAAAAAAUUAACAAAGUAAAGAUAGAAUUAUCUCCACUAUGUGCUUCUGAGUCUACUCAAAAGUAUGGCAUUGAAAUCUCUAAGUCUAUAGUCUAGACUCUAGUUUUGAAAACUCUGAAACCUGUAAGAGGUCACAAGUAAAUUUUGUAAUUUAACAACUUACAGUUGUUUAUUGUCAUUGUUUUUAAACACUGGCACAAUAAUCAGGUGUCAUAAAAUUUUUCAAAUCUGCUUAGAUACAGAUUUUUCUAAUAAUAUUUUAAUAAUAUUAAAAUAACUACAAGCAUCAAACAUGCAAUAAUACUUCAUGGGUAGAGGAAGGAUUUCCUUCCCUUUGCCUUAGAGAUAUAAAUUAGAGUGGUAGCUAAGACAGCAUGAAUGACAUAGGUGACUUUUUAUUAAUUUUUGGUGCCUUUGUAUGUUUUUUCUAUAGAUAAGCAUAUUUGUAUGCAAACAUACAAGGAUGGUUUGAUAAAACUUCUUGAUGUAAUAUAGAUCUCUCCCUAUAACAUAUGUUUAUGUAUAAUUCUAAGUAAAUUUAAUAACUAUUUCUAUAUACUUAAUUAAAACAGCAAUAGUGUAUUAUUCACUUUUCUAUAGCACUUUAAGGUAUGCAAAGUGCUUUCCCCAUUGUAGCUCUGUUACAGAAGCUUUAUUAAUGCCAUUUUACAAAUGAAAGAGUAAAUAAAUGACUUAUCCUAGGUGACAUGAAUAAUAAAUAUCAAAACCAGGAUUCAAAUCCAGUUUUUCUGACUUAAGAGCUCUUUCCACCAGCUAACCCUUACUACUAGUUAUCUUAUGAGUUCAUGCUAGUAUUCCCCACCCUUUCACAUCCAUUCAGAUCUGUUGAGUCAUUUAAAGUUUGGGCUAUUGGUUUU